UCGUUCCAACAAAUCGGCUCGCUGCUAAACUAAAAGAACUCCUGCUUUUCGCUCCUUUACUAUGAAGUUCUUAACUGCCUUUCUGGUUGCAGUGGUCGUAGGACCUUUAACCGGUAAAUUGAACCAUCUUUUUAUAGCCGUCUAAAGACUACGAUUAUCUUUAUUAACACCUUAAGGCUGCUGUUAUUCACUCAGUCGACAUAUGAAUUUUACGACUAUUCACGGAUUCUUAGCAAAUCGCUCAAGUCGGUUGCAAAAUCACAAACUAAACUGAAAUUACUCGCAGAAUAUACCCAUAUUCUAAAUUCGCAAGAUUAAAUUACCGUUACUAAAAGAGAGAUUAACAAUCACUAAAAAAGACUUUCUUUGGACAAGAAUUUUGAUUUAAGAGUUGUAAGUGUUUUUAUUAAAAUAUUUUAAAUAUUUUAAACUCUCAGAUGUAACUUAAUUAGUAUAGAGGAAUACCUCUGACUUCAGUCGAUAAAAACGAUAAAAUUAAAAUUAACACCAGGCCGGUAUCACACAUUCAAAGCCGCACUGAUUUUUCCUUAUAUUUGAUCGUUGCCCUUCACUGAAGGUGACAGAAACAUUUUUGUGUGUCCUUCUUUUAUAGUAAUGGGUUUACAGUGUUACAGGUGCGUAAGUAAUAAAUCUAAAGAAGACUGCGCUUCUCAUGCGGUUAAAACCACGUGUCCUAGUGAUCUGGCAAACGCCGUCUGUGCUGAAGGGGACAUAAUGAUUGAAAGUGGAGCGAUAUCUAGCCACAUUUUCCUGAAAGGUAAGUCAUUUGCGUUAUGAAACAAAAGAAUCAAUUUGGCAAAAUUCAGGGACGUUUCGUUUUCUACCAAUUUUCCUUUUUUGAAUAAUGAAAGGUGUAAUGAUCUCGAAACCACCCCGAAAUAUUUUGAUUUUCACAACCACCACUAAUUUCGUUUAAAUGGGACGAGAAAUCGGCAACUUUCUUGUAAGAAGCACCCUAAAAUCUCAUUAACAGCCUAAGACUUUUAUAUAAUGAGAGGCCGCGCACACGAUGCAAGACCUGUCUUUUCAUUCACGGUGGGGCCCAACCACCCCUUAAAAGGGAUCAUUAAGGCUGAAUUUACGUUUCUUUUUCAUCACUUUGUUUGACGCAAAAAAAAUGUCAAAUUAUGACGUCUCACCGGCUGACGUCACGAAAAUGGUUUAAAUGAAUAUUUUAAUUUCAGUAAAGUCAAACUUAUAUCAUCUCAAAGAGAUUUAGAGGGGGAGUACAACACUAAAAACCGUUUCUUCCUACGACACGUAAACUCGAGUUAUGGCCAUGGGACUUCAAAGAUAUUAAUUUAAGUGACCCACUGAAACCGUAAUUUUCCUUUUAAAAAAAACGAUCCGUAUCAUUUUUUUCAAAAUAAGCUGAUUUUCCUGUAACAUAAAUCGCAUUAUUUUAGUUUGUUUUUUUUUUACUUAAAAACGCUAAUUUCAGAAAAACAAAAAAACGCACAUGACAUUUUAUGACGUCACAAAACUUUUUUGGGUUUUUUGGGCGGUAGGGAAUCUCAGUUUUCAAAAUUUCUUUGUUCCUUUAGCUUUUGACAAUAAAGAUGUGUUGUGUUCGUUCUAAAUAGCAAUGGCUACACGAGAAUAUAACGUUUAAAUUUGGAAUUUUCAAAAUGUCAAAUCUCAGCUCCUAUCUGAGACUUUGGGAACAUUUUUCACCUUUCAACUUCCCCUGAAUAGUUCUUUUAAAAAUGUUAUAAAAAAAUUGGGAGAUUUACAAGUUUAAAUCUUAAGAAUGAAUGACGUCAGCAAAUAUGACGUCAUAAUUUGACAUUUUGGUGUCAAAAUAUAUGGUAAUUUGAUUGGCUGAUAUUUCUUAUUUUCAGGCCAGGCGGAUUAAAGUAAGGGUUCAAGCCAACAAAGUGUUUUUUUAUGGAAAUGCUGUUAAUAAACCAUUAUAAAUUAUUAUAAUUAUUAUUAUUAUUAUUAUUAUUAUUAUUAUUAUUAUUAUUAUCAUUAUUAUUAUUAUGGUUACUAUUGUGAAUGAACCAAAUUGCCACGCUUUGAUGAUCCCUUCGUGACGUGAUUUGGCCCCGUCGUUUUUAUAAUAACAACGUCAAGGACAAAAUUUCGGGACUAAAAGGUUUCUUUCCAGAUUUGAGACGUUCUUUCUACAGCAGGGACCGUGGAGCAAGGUGAAAAGUGACAAUUGAAAAUAAUUUUCUCUAAUAAACGACCAACAUACACUGUCAGUUCAGAUUCAAUGCAAGAAAAGAGGCGAUUAGAAUUUUAGUAUAGAAAAUACUACACUGAAGUGAUCUGAAACAUUUCUAUGGCCGUUCACUGUUCAAGUAAUGUAAUUCUUCUUGCCAUCGAAUAUUUCAUUGAUUCGAAAGGAGAAAGACAAAAUAUAAAACUUUUAUCAACUCAAAACAACUACUCACCCUCGUUUGGCUUGAAAAAGCUAGUAAUUUUCUUCAUUUCGUCUGAUAAAACUGAUAAAAAACUCUGCCGGAGCUGGAAGUACAAAACACACUGCCGAACGAAGCGAAGGGGUGGCCAAGGCACCACCGCGGUCAAACGUCUAAAUCAUUAUUUUUGUUUUUUAUUGCUGGGAUUUCAUUUACCAGUUAGAGAAAAAUGGGCAAAGAUGUAUAAAUCAGUUAGUCAACAUAACUAUCUUUCCAUUUUUCUCAAAAUUUUGAGCUUUUUUUGCUGAAAACGCUUCGCGCUAAAAGAGAAUAAUGUUUGAAAAUGGCGCCGAUAAUAACGUCAGCAUCGGUUUUCAAUCACUUAGAACUUUUUUAGUAAACUUUUAAAAAGUUUAGUAAACUAACAGGAUGUUGGUAAUACCCUAAACUUUCGAUAGUGAAAGUAGCAACCUUAACUUUGAAGUAUUUCGCUUAACUUUUGCAAAUUUCACUCGUUUGACCGCUGUGAAGGCCAAGGCAUGGCGUUUGAUCAAGGGGCAAGUCGGCCCCAGGGCUUGACCCCAGGGCACAACUACCGCGAAAAGUACAGGAAACCCACAAAAUGCCUGGCGUUUGAAAUUAAAGAAAAUACAGAGAAUAUAGCGGAAUAUAGACGGAAAAAAACUUGUUUCAAGUCUCUUUUUUUAUUUUAAUUAUUUUUCUUUUUAGCACAAAAAGUGGGGGCGGGGGCGCAAAAAAGUGGUGGGGCCGCGGCCCUACCAGCCCCUCCCCCUCCGCGGUCCCUGUACAGUGUAACUAUACCCCCGGCGGAGUUUGCUUGUGAUCUUUCCUUAAUGAUUUACGAUAUCUAUUCAUUUAAUUUUGAUUAAUUGAUUGUGCUCAAUCCAAAGCCUGUGCUGAUCCAAUGAAACAGCCGACCAUCUGUAACCAAGAGGGAGUUAAAUGCAACAUUGAAUACUGUGACGGUGAUUUAUGCAAUGGCGCAGAUGAUGGAGAAGGAGAAGAAGGUGUGUUAGAAUAAAGAGUUUCUCGUUUAAUUCUCGGAAAAUCUCGCUGAUCCACCAGGUUUGAAAUUUAAAAAAACUCAAAACAAUUUUCAAGAUGUAAACGCCGUUAUACUUAAUCAGCAUCUUUUCAGUGUCACUUUUCCUUGCCCUGGGGAGUUUCUUUCUGUAUUGGACAAACAUAAAGGUUUUUAACGGACUAAUAUUAUACUGGUACACACCAAUCUCAGAAGGUUCAGCUCAGUAGCCUAGCUUAACCUUACUAUCAGCAUCCCGAUGAAGUUAUUUAUUAAAAUAUUUUUGCCUUGAAUACAACACUAGAUUUAUUCGCUUUAUAUAACAAAGCUAGGACGUGAUAUCAUUGUUAAUGGAGUCAUCGUCUUAUGUAGGUGGUUCAGCAGAGAUCUUCUCUUGUAAUCAAUGCCUUAGCGACACCUCAAUUGACGAUUGCAUUAAGAACCAAAAGGAAGCAGUCUGCCCAGAUGGCGUUGAUCGAUGCGCCAUGUUGGAAUAUCAUUCCCCAUCAUUUGGGACCACCAUCGCCAAAGGCUGUAUCCCCGAGGACAGUUGUCGGCGUCAGUGCGAGGGCCUACUUCCACCAGGAUCGUCUUCCAGUGACGUUCACUGCAAAUUAUCAUGUUGUGAGACUUCAAUGUGCAAUUAA